AUGGAUUCUAAAGGAGAAGGAACAGAGGCGCAAAAAUUUGUAUGGGAAGGAGCUAUACCUGUCCAGAUUCAUCUCCACGACUCUGAAGUUACCACCCUUCCCAAUCCUCCUCCUGCUUUGAUCUUGGCACCUCGUUUAGGGUACCUGCCUCUGUUAGUACCACAGAUUAGGCCAUUUUUCAGUAAUUCGCUUCCUCCAGGUGUUGACACUGUUUGGUUUGAGUACAAAGGGCUACCUCUUAAAUGGUAUAUACCUACUGGGGUACUUUUUGAUCUUCUUUGUGCAGAGGCAGAGAGGCCUUGGAAUCUAACGGUACAUUUUAGAGGAUAUCCAGGAAAAUUUUUGACUCCUUGUGAGGGUGAAGACAGUGUUAAAUGGAGCUUUAUCAAUGCAUUGAAAGAGGCUGCUUGUAUAAUUACUGGGAACUGCAAAAAUAUUAUGAGUAUGUCUCAAUCUGAUCAGACUGAUCUUUGGCGCUCAGUCUUAAACGGUGACAUGGAAGCUUACCUUCGAGUUUCAUCUAAGCUUAAACUUUGCACUAUUGGAGAUGACUACUCCUUGAAAUUCAACUCCACUUUGAAAUCUCGGCAAAGCACUAGUGAUACAGAUGCUAUUGCCCCCGUCAGAACAGGUAGAAUUCCAGUUCGGUUGUACAUACGGAGUAUCAAUGAAGAUAUUGACGAUUUAGAAGAUGCACCUACUAUUGAUAGCUGGGACAAAAUCUCUUACAUAAAUCGACCUGUUGAGAUUCAGGCAGAAGGAGAAUGCUUCACUUUGUACGAUGCAGUAAAAGCCCUAUUACCUGAACUAUUUGCAGACAAACAUGUACUCACUGAUAAUGUUUCUAAAGCGGAGAUGGAGGAUGGACAACAAUCGGAAGAGGUAAGCAGCUCGAGGACCUCUGAAGAAGCUGGAGUAACCUCGACUGAAUAUGUGGGGUCUCCAUCAGACACUGCUGAGAUAAAGCUCCUGCGUAUUCAGGGAAUUGAACCAAAAAUGGAGAUUCCCUUUGGUUGGGUGGUGAACAAUUUGAUGAACCCCGAGCAUUAUCUUCACAUUUGUGUAUACAUCAAAGCUGUAGAACCAAUUACAUUAUGA